CCCGGGGCCACUGGCGAGAACCCAAACGCAAGUUGCCCAAGGACCAAAGCAGCUGCCCAAGGAGAAAGUCCUGGCGCACCGCCGCGCGGCCUCCGUACUAGUGAGCGUCCGCGUCCAUGGCCAAAGGCAGGUUCAAGCACAAGCCCACGGGGGAGCGCAGCUUCUCCAGCCCCGAGGAUAUCGCGGCUGGUACUUCAGCAGGCCGUCCAAAGACCUUCGCCAAGCAUGAUGAGAAGGAUGUCUACAGUAGAAGGGGGGAACCAGAAGAAGAAUCAGAAGAUUUUAUGAAACCAAAACACAAGGGUAUAGAAGGUCUGAUCGAGAUUGAGAAUCCAAACCUGGUGAAAACAAAGAAUGUAAAGGCCAAGGACAUUGAUAUUGGGAAGCCAACUGAUAUGUCCAGGCGUGAAAGAGAGGAUCUUGACAAACAGAAAUCUCAUGAGCGCCAUAUGAAGCUUCAAGAGCAAGGAAAAACAGAACAGGCUAGGAAAGAUUUAGAGCGUCUUACUAUAAUCCGUCAACAAAGGGCAGAAGCUACAAAGAAGCGAGAGGAGGAAAAGGCUGCCAAAGAAGAGAGGAAGGCUAAUAAAGCUCUCAAGUGACCUGCACACGAUAGCGUUUUGGGAGAUGUGUAGCUAGUAGUGGUGGUGACGACUCAUCGAUGAGCGAUGGCAAGUUGGCAACUGUCAGCUUUGUGCGCGGUGUAGUAGCCGGAGCAGUAGCAACUUUGUUGAAAAAUACAUUCAUGCUGUGGCGUUUUUCUUAUUCAAUCGUAGGUCCUUAUACUGCUACAGUGUAAAUCAUCAUUGCAAUAUAAUCAAGGUUUUUCUUUU